AUGGUGGUCAAGAAACUUUGUUGUCUUCAGUGGAUUAUUCUCUGUUGUCUUCUACUGGCAGCUCUUGUUUGCUCCAAGAAUCAUGGGAACGCUGCAAAUGACCUAAUUGAGAUUAUUAACAAGAAUCGAACAGACAAAAAGCUUUCUCGUCUGAGCAACAGUCGGGGUCUAGGCUGCAUUGCUUUGCAGUAUGCAGAGGAAUGCAAGGGAAACUGCACUGAUAACAAUACUAUACAUUGUCAACCACCAGAAGAUGACUUCACCGAAGUGUUUGCUCCCAACUGUGGUGUUGAACUGCCCACUUUUGGAACCAUAUCUGGCUACAUUUUGGGAUGUCAAAAGAAGUAUCUUGACCCACCAGAAGCAUUCUCACACGCGCUCAUUCAAGACAGGAAAACCCUGUCUCUGUUGAAAAAUCGAUCACAUACUGAAGUUGGAGUAGGCAUAACUGGCAGUCAUAAGCAUAAAGGGCCUUACAUUUGGUGUGUGUUGUUCAGUAACAGUCAGACAAAUACUACAUUUGUUCUUGAAGAUCUUGGCAAAGGAAUAGAGCAAAAGAGUGGAUGUUACAGUGGAUCCAGUAUUCCUUGCAGCAGAGGGCAUAAGAAUACUGAUUUGUUUUCAAAUAUUUGGAUUCUGUUUCUGUAUAUUUUCCCUUUACUUAAUUUUCACCUGAGAUUUUUGUAA